GGCUCAUCACCAAGAAGCUGAUCACAAGGAAGCUGAUCCUUAUGGCAAGAGCCGCAGCCACAGGUGGUCAUGCUGCUCUCUUUGUUCUCCUGUGCUGUGGGCUUCUCCCUCCUACUGCUCCUCCUGUUCCCGUACCCUGUCCGUACUUGCCCUGCCCGUUGUGAGUGUUCUGUGCCCACACGUUCAGUCUCGUGCCACCGCAAGCGGCUGGCGCAGGUGCCCGAGGGCAUCCCCAUCGAGACAAGAGCACUGGACCUCAGCAAAAACCGUCUGCGCAUUAUCACACCGCAGAACUUCUCUGGCCUUCUGUUGCUAGAGGAGCUUGACCUAAGCACCAAUCUGUUGUCAUCUGUGGAGCCCGGAAGUUUUCGUGCCCAGCCACGUUUACGAACGCUACGUUUGCGCAACAAUCAGCUGACUCUGCUGCCACGUGGUGCACUUGCUGGCCUGAGUGAGCUCACUCUGUUGGACAUCAGCCAGAACCGUCUGGUUAUCCUGCUUGAUUAUGGCUUUGAGGACCAGCGGCGUCUGCGUGUGCUUGAACUUGCUGACAACGAGCUGGUUUUUGUUGCACCCCGUGCCUUCAGUGGCUUGCCUGCAUUGCGCUCGCUGAUGCUGCAGCGCUGUAACCUGAGUGCUGUGCCAAGCCACGCACUGGCGCACUUGCACGGCCUAACCAGCCUUCACCUUAGACAGCUGGACAUUGCAGAAUUGCUACCACACGCCUUCAAGGGCCUGGGCCACCUGCGUCAUCUUGAGGUGGAUCACUGGCCAUCAUUGGAAAUUGUGCCCUCUCUUGCGCUUCAGGGUCUGAAUCUUAGUAUGCUCUUCAUCACCCAUACCAACCUUUCAGUGGUACCAGUGCUGAGCCACCUGUCCUACUUGACCCAUCUGAACUUGUCAUACAGCAGUGUGAGGGUGCUGCCAGCUGGCUGGCUGCGUGGUCUGGACCGGCUGGAAGUGCUGCGUGUACGCAAGGCUCAGUUGGUGCGUGUGGAGGCCCAGGCCUUCCAAGGGGCACUGUCACUUCGCCUGCUUGACCUCUCCUACAAUCGCCUCACUACACUGGAAAAAGCUACACUGCCAGCAUCUGUGACCCUGCAGAACCUCCUGAUUGGCCAGAACCCAUUGGUAUGUGAUUGCCGCCUGCGCUGGCUACUUCAAAGGACGCUGCCCUUACAGUUUGGGGAGGUGCAACCUCAGUGUACAACCCCUACUGCUCUGGCUGGGAAACCUUUCAGUGAUGUAGUAGAGCCGCUGCUCUCCCGCUACGUCAUAUGUACCAAACCCAGGGUCAUUGCCAUGUCGACACAACCGGCCCAAGCAGAAGAGGGACAAAAGGCAUGGUUGUACUGCACAGCAGAUGGCGCUCCACCCCCCUCUGUCUCCUGGCUGACACCACACAGGAGGCACAUCACCACCAAAAGCACAGGCCGCAUGGUUGUCCAUGGCAACGGUUCGCUAGAGUUCCGUGUAGUGGAGCCUCAGGACAGCGGUAUUUAUGUCUGUGUGGCAUCCAAUCCUGCAGGCAAUUCCACCCUGUCUAUAACACUAGCUGUCAAAAGCAUGGGUCUUAGGGAUGGGGCUCUCUAUGCCAACCACAGCUUCAUCUUUGAUCCUGAUUACAAUAGCUCCUUCAUCAAUGGCACAGAGCAUUACACAAUCAGGAUGGUGCUGGACUUCACUACCAUUCUUGUGUCUACGGCAAUGGGCUGCCUCAGCUUCUUGGGUGUGGUCCUUUUCUGUUUUGUGCUUCUGUUUGCUUGGAGCCGAGGCAAAGGCAAGCACAGAGGAAGUGUGGACAUCCAGUAUGUUCCACGCAAGAGGAAAGGAGCCAGCAGUGAUCUUACUGAGACCAGCGGCCCGAGACGUGUCAAUAUGAAGAUGAUCUAG